UACAUAAACGUUUUGAGAUUUUUCUAUCGCUUAACCAAGGUCUGGCAACUCUUAAUAGGCAAAAAGCGGCUAUCAGCCGUCUUCUAAAAAAACUGUUUUGCAACAACUUUUUUUUGGAAACCAGUACAUUAUUUUGAUUUUCCAAUUUAAAUUGAAUUAAAUAUCUUGCAAAAUGUUGAGACAGUUAAAAUUUAUACUACAACGUUAUCCACAUCGAAUGGCAGCGAUGACAGUGCCAAGUGGAACGCAACAAAUAGUUGAACGAACUAAUUGGAAAACCUACUGUACGGAUAACAAAAAAUCUUCCAAAUUGAAUGAAGAAACUCGUGAAGCGAAUGAUGAUAAAAAUGAACAACAACAACAAACGAAAAGAACACCUCCAAGAACAUUUGUUCCAGCAGUUAGAAAUCCAUUUGCAUCAGCUUCAGAGAAAACGAAAGAUGUUUAUUUAAGCAUGGUCAGUAUAUUCACCGAACGUGAUGUACAUCGACGCAAUCAUGUCGAAUUCAUAUACGCCGCUAUGAAACAUAUGUCCGAAUUUGGCGUAGAACACGAUUUGGAAGUAUACAAGGCCUUGAUUAAUGUCAUGCCCAAAGGAAAAAUGAUACCGAAAAAUUUGUUCCAAGCUGAAUUCCAGCAUUAUCCCAAACAACAGCAGUGCAUAAUAGACUUACUCGAACAGAUGGAAGAUUUGGGUGUUAUGCCCGAUUAUGAAAUGGAAGCCAUGUUAUUAAAUAUUUUCGGUCGUCAAGGCCAUCCGUUGCGCAAGUACUGGCGCAUGAUGUAUUGGAUGCCAAAAUUUAAGAAUGCCUCACCAUGGCCUCUUCCCAAUCCAGUCCCAGAUGACACCCUGACAAUUGCCAAAUUGGCCGUGGAACGUAUGUGUACUGUGGAUAGUCGUUCACAGAUUUCUGUAUACGAUACGAAAGAUGUUAAAGAUGCUUUAGAUCAAACGUGGAUUGUCAGUGGUAUGAGUUGUGAUCAAGCUCAACUCUUAAAAGAUCAUCCCCGCAAUAAGGCUUUAUAUAUAGAGGGUCCGUUCUUAAUUUGGCUAAGAAAUCGAUCUAUACAUUAUUUUACCUUACGAGCCGAUCCCGAUAUGGAGUUUUUGAAAAGUCUAAACAACCAGGAAGUAGAUGAAGAUGAUGUUACACGUCUAAAUGUACCAUUGUUUGGAAGACCAACCACCAAAAAACAAUAUCAAGUUGGCAAAGUUCGUUCAGUACAUCAACAAGAUGAUGGCACAAUUUUUGCCAUAUGUGCAACUGGAACAUCAACCAAAGAUUCCCUUCUAUCCUGGGUACGUUUAUUAGAAGUUAACGGCAAUCCAUCUUUAGGUGAAAUACCCAUACUAUUUCGUUUUCAUUCGAAAGUUGGAGAAAAAGCCAUACAAAUUGAAGGCCAAACGGAGGGAAUCAAUGUACCGAGUAAAGAUAACAACACAACUGAGGACUUAACGAGAUAGCAAACUGUUUUAAAGCGUUAAAUGUUAAUAGAAAAACACUGUUAAAAAUUAAAUAUUUUAAUAGUUAAAUACUAUUAUGAAAUUUUGUUUAUUUUUUUAAUGUUUUAUUUAAAUUAUAAUUAAUUUAUUUUUAUUCUUUUUUUGAACACAAAAAAUUAAAGAGAGCAUUGUGUAAAUAUAUGGGAUAAAAUUCAAAUAUUGUAGAGUCAUAUACGUAAAUGUAAUUCUAUCCUUUUAUAUGCAUACAAUUAAUUAUUGUUAAAUAUUAAUUUUGAUAACAAAAAAGAAUAUGCUUUUAGGAGAAAUACUUAUUUCAUUUAAGUACAUUUUUUAUUUCAUUAAUAGAAAACGAUGACAAAUUAAAUUAUUAUUUUGAAUAUAUGUUUGGAUUCUAUUUUGAACUAAAAUUUCUCAAACGAAACAAAAAAUUCAUUUAAAAUACAUGCUAGGCUAGUCUCUUACAAUGAAAGAAUGAUAUGAUGAUAAACAUAAAAUAUAUACAUAUAUGUUAUUAUGUAUUUAAAUAAAAAAUAUUCUAUUCAAUUUAA